CUGAUCCUCACGAUAAAAAACUUAAACCACUCCACACAAAACAAAACAGAUUUAAUUUCUUUCAAUUUUUCCGGCAAAGAAUUUGCCGGAAACUAGAAGAUCAGCCGGAAAAAAUGGAGAUCCCGGGUUUAAAAUACGAAAGUGAAAGAGUGAUGAUGUCAUGACGGCGUCGCGUUCUUCGGAAACUUUAAAAAACCGUAAAAUUAAAAUUGUGGAAACCCUAAAAGCAAAAGCGACUUUUACUUAGCAGAGAUUAGAAGUUAUUCCAUGGCUUUGUCUUUCGAAUCCGAGACAAAAUAAUAGAUUUCUUGUUUGUAUCAGCUUUUUUUAAUUUUGAAAAAGAUAACGUAUAGUUCUAGAUUUCCGUGUCGAUUCGGUUUCGCUGAGCGCAUAGUUCUUGUGUUUUUUAUUCUGUUAAUAUUCAAUUCGAAGUCAGGCGUAUCAUUUCUGGUUGGAUUUAAUCAUACUAUAAGUUUCUAGUAGUGUUCUAAAAUGGCGAGGAGAAAAAAGUGUUGAAAGCAAUUCUGUUAGAGGCUGUUUGUUUCUCGUGUUGUUUGUUUGUUAUCGUGUGUGGUAAGUUUGUUGAUAAUUGUCACGCUGAUCGUGCCUUAUAAAUGAAGAUCCAGCCGAUUGAUUCACUCACUCCUGAAGAGCCACCGGCGGUUCGAUUUGAGCCGGUUAAGCCUGUUGCGGUCAAAUCACGUCUUAAGUACCUUUUCGACCUUCAUUUCCUCAGAAACUUCGUCGCCUCUGAAAAGGUUGUCACCGUCACCGGCGCGGUACCGUUCGGUGAGCCACAUUUGAGUAAAGAUAGCGGAAAAGGAACGGCGUCGCAUGAGUAUGAACCGAGCUCUGUCUGUUUGGAUAAAAUGGUACAAAACUUUAUGGAGGACAGCAACGAGAAGCCGUCAUCUGAUGCAGUCAGAUGUAGCCGGAACCGAUGCAAUUGCUUCACCGGUAACCGUAGCGAUAAUUCUGACGAUGAAUUCGACUGUUUCGGCGAUUCCUCUUCUAAAUUUGUUUCUUCCAGCGAAGCAGUUGAGAUUCUAAAGAGCUUGGUCCCGUGUGCAAGUGUUUCAGAGAGGAAUUUACUAGCGGAUAUCGCGAAAAUCGUCGACAAGAACAAGAUCUGUAAGCGUAAAGACGAUUUUUGCAGAAACAUUGUUAUUGAAGGCUUACUGAGUCUCGGAUACAAUGCUUCAAUUUGCAAAUCUAGCUGGGAAAAAUCUCCGUCCCACCCCGCAGGUGAAUAUGAGUACAUUGAUGUGAUAAUCUCAGGCGAGAGACUGAUAAUCGACAUUGAUUUCCGAUCAGAAUUUGAGAUUGCUAGAUCAACAAAGGCGUACAGGUCCUUGCUUCAGACUCUACCCUACAUUUUUGUCGGUAAAGCCGAUCGUCUCCAGAAGAUAAUCUCGGUAGUAUCGGACGCGGCGAAACAGAGCUUGAAGAAGAAGGGAAUGCACAUACCACCGUGGAGGAAAGCUGAGUAUGUUAAGGCUAAAUGGCUAUCUCCUCACACACGAGCUACAACACCGGAAAAGGAGGAUGAUAAACCUUUGAAUGCCGAGUUAGUACCGAGUCAAGAGGAUGAUAACGAGUUGGGCGAGUCUGUGUUUGCUUUAUCACCUGAGGAUGGCUCUGUUCUUGGGUGGAAGCCUCCUGAAAUUAAACCAAAGAGUUUUCUGAUUGGGGCUAAGAUGGUGACUGGUUUAGCUUCAGUUAUCGAACCAUGAAAUUUUGGGUUAUUUUUUUUGGUUUGUUUAAUUUUUCUCUCCAGUUUUUCCUUUUUAAUGAAGCCUUGGAGAUCGGAUAUGGUAUAAACUAUAAUGAUAUAACCCCAUGAAAAUCCCCUUGCUGUUUUUUGUGUAAGGGUCUGAUUUUACUGAUAUUAAUAAAACUUUUACUGUAAGAAUAUACAUACAGUUUAACAACAA